AGGCCAUCGCCCAGGGUCUUUGAUGGCAGCCUGUGUUACCCGUCUCGGGGGUUGGGUCUUGGGGGUUGGGAUGCAUGCGAGAAAGGAUAAGAGUGCCAUGCGAACACCAACACUGGGCUUGCGCGACGAGGCGCUGCACAUGACCUCUCGAGAAUGCACGUCGGCCCAAGAAGGAUGGAAAGUCCAGACCAUCCAAGAGGAUUCAGCUCACCUUCUUCGCAGGGGUUGGCGGCUGAGCGAAAACCUGGAACCUGGGCCAGGGGAACAUCGGAUCAAGCAGCCAUCGCCAGGAACAAACUGGAUGGAGCCAGCGAGGGGACGAGGACAGCGAGACGCCGGCGCUGAAGACGGCUGGCCGGAGGGCUGAAUGUUUUCCAAUAGCGCCACGCAAUGCAAGCCCACGCAGGUCUAUGCUGGCCCAUACCAGGGGUCCGAUUGUUCUGGUUACUGG